AUGCGUCCCGAUGGCAUAAAAACAGAGAACGGCUUCUCUGAGGCUUCGAACGGGUCCUUCCCGUCGACUCCGAGAAAAGUUGGUCUGAACGGGUCGAGCUCUAACGGAAGCUCCCAUACCAACGGUUCAAGAAAGGCGAGCUCUACCUACUACGGACAUAACCGGGAAGAGGUGUCGCGGAUCCUGAUACAAAGUCUGUAUGAGUUGGGCUAUACAGAGUCGGCGUCGAAGUUAAUAUCCGAGAGUGGUUAUGAGCUGGAAACGUCGGGGGUCGCAACUUUUCGAAAUGCGGUAUUAGGUGGAAGAUGGUCGGAGGCAGAGAGAAUCCUACUUCAUUCAUUUCGGAAUAUUGGGUUACAACAGGAAGACCAGAAGUCUGUACCGGAGGAGACACUGGUGUUAGCGGAGGAUGCCGACAGGAACGAGAUGCUGUUUUAUCUACGGCAGCAGAAGUUCCUGGAGCUACUCGAGGCCCGCGAUCUGGCGUCGGCACUUGGAGUCCUUCGGCAAGAGCUGACACCGUUGAAUUUUGAUGUAGAGCGCCUUCAUGCUCUUUCAAGUCUUCUUAUGUGCCCGACCGAAAUCCUACACGAACAAGCGGGUUGGGAUGGGCCUGUCAGCUCAUCACGAGAGCGACUCCUCGGCGAGCUGUCCAAAUCCAUCUCUCCCUCCGUCAUGAUCCCCCAGCAUCGUCUUGCACACUUACUAGAUCACGUCAAACACACCCAAAUCAACAACUGUCUAUAUCAUAAUACCGCCGAGCCCCCGUCUCUCUACUCCGACCACAUGUGCGACCGAAACGACUUCCCAUUGGAAGUUAGCGCGCGCUUGAGUCAUCACUCAGAUGAAGUUUGGUAUUGCGAGUUCUCUCACGAUGGCACCAAGUUGGUCACUGCCGGCAAGGACCACCACGUGCUUAUCUAUGAUACAAGCGAUUUUUCAGUUUUGAAACGGCUUACUGAUCACGAGGAGGGCGUUGCUUUUGCCAGUUGGAGCCCAGAUGACUCCAAGUUGAUUACAUGCUCGCAAGACAAGAAGGCUCGAGUGUGGAGCGUCGAGACUGGCGUUUGUCUGCUUACUAUCAAUCACCACCGCCAACCAGUCACGGCGGCCGCCUGGGCUGCAGAUGGGGAAUCUUUUGUGACGGCCUCUCUCGAUGCUGAAUCUCAACUUCGACACUGGAGCAUGCGGGGCCAACCCUUGCAUUCAUGGAAAGGCGGAUUCCGCGUGCAGGACUGUGCUAUCAGUGCAGACGGGCGACGCCUUGUUGCCGCCGACACGGAGGCUAAGAUUCAUGUGUACAACUUCAUGACUUACGAGGAAGAAUACUCCCUUCCGCUACCAAGCAAGCCGACCUCGGUUGCUAUCAGCCAGGAUUCACUACAUGUGCUUAUCAAUUUGGCCGAGGGGGAGAUUCAACUCGUCAAUAUGGAGACUACCGCUUUGGUACGUCAAUUCCGAGGCCAGAAGCAGGGCGAGUUUGUGAUUCGCAGCACAUUCGGUGGAGCCGCUGAGAACUUUAUCGUGAGCGGAAGCGAAGACUCGAAAGUCUACAUCUGGCACAAAGAGAACGGCAACCUCGUUGAAACAUUGGAAGGACACGAGAAGGGCUGCGUGAACUCAAUAUCAUGGAACCCAAGGGACCCGGGAAUGUUCGCCUCGGCAGGUGACGACGAGUCAGUAAGGAUCUGGUCCCGAGAAAACAAUCGGUCACGCCCAACAGCGCCUAUUCAACAGAGUGGGCUAUCAUCAAAUGGGUUCACACGGACGAGUGCGUUGAGAUCCACCUCGGCUUACUGA